ACUUAAAUCGUGCGGUUUAAUAAGUGCGUUGCGACCGCCGCGGAGAAGAGCAGCACCUCGUGGUUUGCGGACGCUGCGGUGCCCUGAAUUUGCUCCGACGAAAGACGUAAAUCGAUCGAAUAUUUUCCCGGAAUCUGCAUCGACGUUUUCCUUCGACGAGUCUGCUUCUCCGCCCACUUCGGAAGUUUUAGAAGGCGACAGCUCUCCUUCUCUAAUUCGUACUCCCUCUUCCCAUUUCCUCCCUUCUACCCCAUACAUGAACAUAAACCCUAACCCUAAAUUACUCACUGCGCUCCCCCUCUCAUGACCAGGAAGAAGAAGCCCUCAAAGUCUCGCCUCGAUCUCCCUCUCGAUUCCACCAUGCUGCAAGAUCCCGAUCCCCAACCCCAACCCCAACCCCAACCCCAAUCCGAAGUAGUACUAGAGGAGGAAGAAGCUCCGCCGCCGCAGCCACCGGAAGUCGCCACCUCCGCCGCCGCUGCCGCCGCCGGAGAAGACGACGGCGAUGGCGACGACGAGGGGGCCGCCGAGCCCGUGACCGCUUCUCCGGCUUCUCCCCUCGCCGACGUCGCCGUCCCCGAGAUCCCGCCCCCGAACCCUCCUCCUCCGCCCCCCCGGAAGCCCCCAGGUAAGCUCAAGAAGCCCUUGUCGGAGAAGCAGCGCGCCGCGGCGCAGCAGAAGCUCGCGCUCCUCAAGGAGAGCUUCCGCCCUGUGCCCUUCGCCCCUACUGCGGCCCCCGAUUUUGCCAGGCACGAAACCCUGUUUCGUGCCCUAGGGCUCUGGGGCUUUGCCAAUCUCGAGCUCGACUGCGAGAUCCGGCCCGACCUCGUGGCGCAGCUUAUUGCCUACUACGACCCCCCAAAACGCAGGAGCUUCGUUAACGAUAUGCGAAUUUCCGUUAGCCGUGCGGAUCUCGCCCGCGCCCUGACCCUGCCCGUGAAGAAGGAGAAGGCCGGCGAGGGCAGCGGCGAAUUGCAGCAGGAGCUCUUUGCUGCCGACGAAUCUGUCGCGGCUUUAUUGGAUUUCAUGUCAAGCUUCAUGCUGUUUCAGUUCCAGGAUGACACGUGCAUCCUCCCGUCUGAGGUUGCGGCUGCCACGCAGAUGGUGAAGGAGGGGCAGCCGCAGAAGGUGGAUUGGGCUGGGCUUAUGUGGGGUUUUGUGGAGAAGGAGCUCUUGGAAACCCCGAAAUCGGGGGUCUGCUACUACGCGUCGCACCUCCAGUGUCUGAUGAAAUGCCAACACCUGAGAUUGUUCGAAGAACCUGAAGGCAAAGCCAAGCUCGAGGCCGUGCCUGAGAACGAGACCUCCAUGGAAGUUGAGAUGGAGGAAGAGGAAGAUGACAAUGAUGGCCCCAUGAAAACUACAAGUUUGGACGGUUCUCAGGAAAUUGCUGGUGAAAAACAUAACACGGGAUUGAGCUUAGGACUAGUUGCGGAUUCAAAUGUUGCGGAUGACUUUGAACAGUGCAAGGAGGGUGAAGAAUGGAGGAUUGAAGAAGAAAACAAUGGGGGUUCUGAGCAUUGCUUCAGGCGUUGCACUUCAAGUGGAUUUGGGAGUAUGGAGUUUGAGAAUUUGAGUAAAGUUGAUGCUGAAGGGCAGGAAGACGGAAAGUUUGAUGGUUUUUCGGUAAAAAUGGAUUCUUUGGGGAGGAUGAAUUCGACAGACCUUCUCCAGGCAAUGGGGACAGUCAAUGCUUCUUUUAGAAUUCCUGAGAAUGCUCAUGACCCUUCUUCUGGAGAGUUCUUGUCAAUAGGGCCGGAAGCACAUAAGAAUGUGAGUAUGGACCGUGGCCAGGGUGGUUCCUAUUUUUUUGGAAAUAAUGGCAAAAGGCAAAUUGGGGAGAUUGACAAUGAAGAUGAUGAAAAUAUUGACCACCAUUUUGCUCCAAAUAAUCAGCCGAAGAGGAUGCGGAGCAAUGGGGUUUGGGAAUAUUCACCACUGGACUUCGACGCGUGCAUAGAACAAGUGCAGAGCUCUCUGGGAAAAGCUAAGAUGUUUUAUGCAGAGAAGGAACAAGCAUACAUGAAUGCGCAAAUGGAGCUGCAGUACUUGAACGGCAUACUACACCAGAAGGAUCAGUUUAUCCACUCUUUAGAGAAGGCAAGAAUGGAAGAACAGCAAAAGUGGCAGAUGGAGCUAUGCCGUUUCGAGCAUGAGCUCAAUGUCAUGUCCCAAUUAGUGGUCGGUUAUAAGAGGGCUUUGAAGCAAACUCGUAGUGCUUUUUCUGACUACAGGAAAAAGUUUCCACAGAGUGAGGAGCCUCUUUAUAGUGAUGUUCCUGGCAGUGGUGGUGUUGUUCUUAGUACCAAGGAGUUGGAAAGGCAGAGGUUGGAGAAAGAGGAGCAAAUGCGGCUUUUGUUAGGUGAGAUGAUUGGUGAGUUUCAGAAGGAAUGGCUUUUGAAGUUUGAGGAGUUUGAACCGCGCCUCGUGGCAUUUGAAAGGAGAAUAGCAGAACUUGGUGAGGAAAUGAAUAUUCUCAAGGAAAAGUUUGUAAAAAACAGGAGUUCAGCUACUUCAGAAUGAGUCUUACGCGGUAUGUUCGGAACAUGACUUGGAAUUAUAGCUUACACAUUUAAUCAUGGUGUGCAUUAAUCAAAGAGUUGUAUUAAGAUUAUGUAUGCUUAUGUUAAGGUAGUCCCAUAAACCAUUCCUUUGGCACAGUGCUAAUUAAGCUACUUUCAAGAUUUGUCUGAAAAUUUCUGGAGGGUACCAGUAAUAUUCAUCUUACUUGCUAAUUGCAAUCGAGUUUCCAAGUAUCAUAUUUUGUUAUCUUUCUAUUUUCUCAGCUGCAUUAUGUACUAAUAUAUUUAUAUUACCGCCUUGCUGUCUGUGGGAGAGUUAUUAUAUAAUUGUUAACUAUUCCUGUUUGUAAGGAGCUCAAAAA